AUGCGACGCCGACAUAAUAUUACUUUAGCAACACUUGCUUGUCUCGGAACGGUAUACCUCGUUGCACAACACCGACACGAAUUCAAAACCACGCCAGGGGGUGCACGCAUCAGCGGAAUUGAGAUAUUGCCGUCUGACAGGCUCACCUCCUCCCACCAAAACGAUGGCGUCGUUAUUCUGAAGGAUGAAGUAUCAAGCCAAGCAAUACCAGAAGAUGUUAGGUCGCCGCUAAAGGAAAUCGCCGCUUCCGCUAUUGGAGAGCCUAGUCUAGACCUCCAGCCGAGACCUUCCUUCGAGGAAGUCUCACAGUCAUCAAGAACAGACAGCGAACCCGAGACGAAAUAUCCUUUCCAAGACGAUUUACAGCUUGACCUACCUACCACCGUGCUUCAACGGUACUCGACACAAACGCCUCACAGUUACGACCUCGGCACCCCUGGAAGCUAUGCGUACGCAACAUUUCUUGCUACUCUUAACCCCUCUCUUAAAGAUCCCUACUUUCUCGCUAUUCAUUCGCUUAUCUAUCGGAUACUCUGGUCUUCCCAAACACGUAGCCAAAAAUACCCGCUCAUCGUUUAUGUGGCCGAAUAUGUAACAGACGAGCAGCGUGCGCUCCUUAAAGGAGCCGGUGCACUAGUACGCGAGCUCUCACCUCUUCAAUGGGAAUGCAACGUCUCUGGCGUGCAAGACCGAUGGAAGGAUCUCUUUGCCAAGCUCAAUAUGUGGAAAGAGACGGAGUUUGAGCGCAUACUGUUUUUGGAUGCUGAUGCGUUUCCGUUGGCGAAUAUUGAUGAGAUGUUCGACCUCGCGCCUAAGCAAGAUUGCAUACCGGAGAAAUUGCAUCUCGAUGACUUCCUACCCGACGGGCCAGUUUGCGAGCCUUACAUCUUCGCUGGCGUCGCGCAAGAUAUCUUCAAUGCGACAUAUCCUAACGUCAACGUCGGGUCAAUGGUCUUCACACCCUCCUUGCGCAUGCAUGCACGACUUGUGCAGAACUAUGUCAAGACCGAUAAUUACGAUUGCUUAAUGGCUGAGCAGGCGUUCUUAAACUGGCAGUUUGGUCCGGAGAGCGCAUAUCCAGUGACAAAGCUGGAUAGACAAUGGGGUGGAUUCUUUCCCACGGAGGACGAGGGCGAUGGAAAACUGAAGAUUGUCCAUGAGAAGCUCUGGGUUAUGAAGGAGGGAUGGAUGAAACAGGAAUGGGAGAAGGGCUGGAACGAGAUGAAUGAGUUCUAUGAGAGCGCUGAAUUUGCCAAAGCGAGAGAGGAAGAUGGUAUGGUUUCUGGAAGCGAUUAG